CCUAGUCCGGGCUGUAGAUGGCGGCGGCUGCUGCUGCACAUUGUUUGUAAGUGAUAAGACCAUGCCCCUCGUUCAUCAGGGACCACUCGGGAAAUGGUAAUCGUUCUACUCUACACUGCUCAGAACAAACCAUGACUGUUUGUGUCAAAUCACUUGGUGAAUCAAACCUCGAUACUUGGUCGAAUCCUGGGAAAGGAUGGGUGUCACAAGUUUCGGUUGCCUCUGUCGAAGAACCUGUGAGUUUGGCGCCAAACACUCGGCAACAUGUUCAAGACCAGCGUUCAUUUCUUCGAAACAUUCCACCUGAAAUCCGCAACGUCAUAUAUGAAUACUUGUGGUCUUCUCGAGGUCGAGAGUAUCACAUUUACCACAAGAACGGCCAACUUUUACACGCACCAUGUGUCAUGUACCCGAGAGAUAAUGACAUGAACUCUAUCCAAAGGGAAAUGGAUCGCGUAUACGAAAGCCCAGCUGUAGAUAUGUUUAAAGAAUCAUCGCUACAAAUGUGGCACAAGAGACUUACAAGCGACUGGGGUCAUCGACACUGGAGGUGUAAAGAAAGGCUGCACCUUGAUGCAUCUCGUUCCAGCGGACGUGAAGAGGAGGAUAAAACAGAUUGGAUGGGCAUGUUGCUCGUUUGCAAGCAAAUGUACUUAGAAGUCAUGAAGUCCAUUCUUGAGUACCAUGUCUUUCUUUGCAGCGACUUAACGUCAGUCUAUUGGUUUUUUGUUUUACGACGACCACCACUAUUACGCAAUAUUCGAUACGUUGAUAUCAAUUUCGCCGCAAGAAGUUAUGAAUAUCUUGGAUUUCUCGUCAGUGGCGGUACCGAGCAAGCAACAAAAACGAUUCCUUUAUUGGCAAUUCUCACUUCACUUGAGCAAACAAAAUGUCUCCAUGACUUAAGGAUCUCCUUUGAUGUAUUGGAUACUGAUUAUAGAACGAGGGUUGACACGAUCGAGGAAUCCCUGUUGUCAAAUUUCAGCACAAUCAAAGUUCUGAAAAUCUUCAUUGUCGAAACCCCAGGUAUUCACACAGAAGAGCAUGUUGCUGGCAACCGAGGGUCACUUGCGAAGUAUCCCUUCAGCAUACAGCGACGCCCAAUUGUACGCUACACCUUGGUAAAUACUGUACCGCCUCUAUCGCGAAGAGUCCACCGCGCGGGAAACUGGAAACCGGCAGUGAUUUCCAAGAGGAUCAGGUAGAACUUAUAGCGGUUAAAAGACAAUGCACUUUAGACACGCUCACAUAAAACUUCGACAACUGUCGUAUUUGCAGUUACACAACGAUCGAGUAACCCAAUCUCAUCAUCAGUAUGAAAGGGAAUGCAGACAUGCCACCAAUACUGAAAUUCUUGAGAGUCACAUGAAUUUGAAUAUCACCUGGUCUUGCUGUAUUACCUAUCUUAUCCUAACGUAUACUACUAGCCUUUUGUUCGAAGCUCUUAACAACUUUAGUGAUUUCGGAUGUGAUUCUGUGUCUUGCUGUGAAACGUUCAUCCUAGUGAUCAUGAACUUUGCAUGUGGCACAUGCGCAUCCUUGUACGGGGAUCGCUCGGUUCCAACAUGACUGCUGUUCCGAAUCCC